CUGUGCCUCACGUCACUCGUCGCGUAUCUGUAUCGAGCUGCGUCCUGUCCAAACCCUGUCGUGCCGGUACGUGAGCGCCUUUCUAGCUCCGUUGUUUUUCGGCCCAUCUUUAGGCCUGCUCCGCCCAGCCCAGCACAUCCGCACCCGCGUGGACAGUCGCCACUUUUCCCCUCUCCGUUUACAUACUUUGCCCGCCCACUCCUCGCACUUUCUCUUUCUUCCAUUAUUCCUCACAGUCGAAGUCGUUGCUAGACGUACCCCUCGAACUGUAUCAAUCCAGCAUCUGUUGUUGUGCUGACUCCGCCAUCUGUCAGCUACCCCGCCGCCACCCACACACCUUUGCCACACCACCACGCUUCAUCUGCCAUCUGUCGUCUGAACCCUCACCAUGCCUGCUGAACGUCGAACCUUUACUUCGACCAGACCGGUCAAGACCGAGCGCACUCAUGAAGAGAACCAGGAGCGUGCCUACAUUGCUGCCUCGCGCCGCAGCGACCGUAGUCUAGAGGCUCGCAUUGAGUCGGCACGCAGGGCUUCUGAGAUUCACAAGAAGCGUACUGGCCGUGCUUUGCGUGUGACUGAACAGGAUGUCAUCAAUGAAGAGAUGUACGAAGAGGAGGACGAUGAUCUGCCCACCCAGUACCAGCGCUUGAAUGCGCAUCUGCACACUACCUCUGUCAUGUUUAACAAGAAGCUCCAUGAUUACAUUGCGACACAGCACGGUGUCCGAAACAUGUUCAUGUCGCAGUACCAAAAUCAAGGCCCGGCGUUCCCACAGUUUGGUCAGCAGUAUCCAGCCAAUGGUGCUUCACUUCCACAGGCAAACAACUGGCUUAACCCUUCCAUGCUACCACCACAACAAUUCACACCGGCUUCUCCUCAGAGUUUCCAGCAAGCGCAGCCGUUCAGCCCGACUUCUACUCAACCACAACAGGGCUACCGUCAGUCACCGUACCACAUUCCUCAGCGGACCCAGUCUCACCAGCGCGCUCUUUCGAUUCAACUGCCUCACGGCGCAUCGCACUUUGAUCCAUCAGCUCAGCCGGCAAGUGCAGGUACCACGACGCCACAGACCGAGCUCAACCGAAGACUGUCUCUACCACCGCAAGCUUUCCAGCAAUCAAACCAAACAGUAGAGCGACCAACGCGCCCUUCGCUAUCGCGUUCGCCUACUGCGCAUUCGCUUCAACAUCGCCAGUCAUCUUCACCACAGACUGCUUCGCCAAAUGCGGCUUCAGUCCAUGACGCUGCAACUGCUCAAAGCGACCCUAACACGCCUACUUCCUAUUCUUACAGCCCAACGAACUACCCAUACAGUUCGCAAGCACUUAACUCAAACCCUUUGACCUUGUCCAUGCCACCUGAGUCACAGCAGUUCUUGGGUUCCGUCCUCGAUCAGAACGAUCCUCGCACUGCUAUCUUCAUGGCUGGUAGCGACAAUCUUCCUCAGCCAUUUGCUCCAACCUACACCUACAACCCCAACAAGGUUACACGGACACCGAGCAGCGCAAGCAUGUCAGAGAACGCUACUGGUUCCGCUCAGACUCUAUCCUCAGGCCUUAAUCUGAAGACUGAGCCCGUCUCUGAUACCACAUCAUUAUCAAUGCCGAGCGCUAUAUCCGAUGGUUUUUACUCCAACGAUUCGUUCUUGACACCUGGCAAUGGUGACUACAGUGCCUUCUUCGACUUCCAAGGCGGUGAUUUUACACAGUCCUUCGAUGACCAGUCCGCGAACGACCAAGACAACGGCAAUAGCCUUGUCAACUGGGACUAGGCUUCUUUCCCUUCUUCUGUUUAUUCCUUUUUCUUAGGCCAAAGGCCCUUUUGUAUGAUCCUCUUUGGGUCUUGUGUGUUGACUGCCUUGAUACUUUGCUACGCUUUUGGGUAACGGUUCUGGUUUCACACGCACAUGAUACCUUUUGUACAGUGUCGUUCACGAGGUUACGACUGGAGGCGUUGCGUGGAGUUUUUCACAUGGGCUCAGAAAAAGCUCCAUAUGUUCAGCAUACAAGCGUAUCCUUCUGCAGGCGCUUCGAGGUUGCUGUCGCCUGUAUAGCGAUCUCCUCUCUCGGUAACACUUCAACCCGAAGUGCUUACUUGUAAUACAUAAUUGUAACGGCUAUUAGUCGUAUGCGAUUCAUCGUGCAUUCCUACUGUGUGUGACUUGCACGUGAUGUAUCGUCAAAAACCUCGGUAUACAGCUGCAUGUUGCAUUUCGGUUUUGCGAACAUCAUAGUCAUACGCAAAAUGGCUUUCAAUA